GUCCUGGGCGAGCAGGCGCCGUGCGCGUGUCCCGCGGCCGAGCUGCUAAUAAAGUUGCAGCGAGGGAAAGCGCAGCGACGGCGCGCGGAGAGCGCUCUUAGGCGGCCGUGCCAGGUGCUGAAGAUGUCCUCUUGGAAAGAUUUUGAACUCCAUUUGGGAAGUUAAGGACUUGAAUCAAUGAAAGAAACUUAUGGCACUUGUGAAGAUAAAUGUCACUCUUCCCUCUUUAAUUGGAACUUCUGUUUAGAACCUGUAUGUGACUUUUCACCUGUGAUCUAUUCGUUUAGUAGCUAUUGACUUUGAGUUACAGGAAGGUCUCUGAAGACUUGUAUCAAAUGACGUCAAUGGCCAGCUUGUUUUCUUUUACUAGUCCAGCAGUAAAGCGAUUGUUGGGCUGGAAACAAGGUGAUGAGGAGGAGAAAUGGGCAGAAAAAGCAGUCGAUGCUUUGGUGAAAAAGCUAAAAAAGAAGAAGGGUGCCAUGGAGGAACUGGAGAAAGCCUUGAGCAGUCCAGGACAGCCAAGUAAAUGUGUCACUAUUCCCAGAUCUUUAGAUGGACGCCUGCAGGUUUCUCACAGAAAAGGCUUACCUCACGUCAUAUAUUGUCGUGUUUGGCGCUGGCCUGAUUUGCAGAGUCAUCAUGAGCUAAAGCCAUUGGAUAUUUGUGAAUUUCCUUUUGGAUCUAAGCAAAAAGAAGUUUGUAUCAACCCAUACCACUAUAAGAGAGUGGAGAGUCCAGUCUUACCUCCAGUAUUAGUGCCUCGUCAUAAUGAAUUCAAUCCUCAGCACAGCCUGUUGGUUCAAUUUAGGAACCUGAGCCAUAAUGAACCACACAUGCCACAAAAUGCCACAUUUCCAGAUUCUUUCCACCAGCCCAACAAUACUCCUUUCCCCUUAUCUCCAAAUAGUCCCUAUCCCCCUUCCCCUGCCAGUAGCACAUAUCCCAACUCCCCAGCAAGUUCUGGACCAGGAAGUCCAUUUCAGCUUCCAGCUGAUACACCUCCUCCUGCCUAUAUGCCUCCCGAUGAUCAAAUGGGUCAAGAUAAUUCUCAGCCUAUGGAUACAAGCAAUAAUAUGAUUUCUCAGAUUAUGCCCAGUAUAUCCAGCAGAGAUGUUCAGCCUGUUGCCUAUGAAGAGCCCAAACAUUGGUGUUCAAUUGUCUACUAUGAAUUAAACAAUCGUGUUGGGGAAGCUUUUCAUGCAUCUUCUACUAGUGUUUUAGUAGAUGGAUUCACAGAUCCUUCGAAUAACAAAAGCAGAUUCUGUUUGGGGUUAUUGUCAAAUGUUAAUCGUAAUUCGACAAUUGAAAACACUAGGCGACAUAUCGGAAAAGGUGUUCAUCUGUACUAUGUUGGUGGGGAGGUGUAUGCGGAGUGCCUCAGUGAUAGCAGCAUCUUUGUACAGAGCAGGAACUGCAACUUUCAUCAUGGCUUUCAUCCUACCACUGUCUGUAAGAUUCCCAGCAGCUGUAGCCUCAAGAUUUUUAACAAUCAGGAGUUUGCUCAGCUUCUGGCUCAGUCUGUCAACCAUGGGUUUGAGGCAGUAUAUGAGCUCACCAAAAUGUGUACCAUUCGGAUGAGUUUUGUCAAGGGCUGGGGAGCAGAGUAUCACCGGCAGGAUGUUACCAGCACCCCAUGCUGGAUUGAGAUUCAUCUUCAUGGGCCUCUUCAAUGGCUGGAUAAAGUCCUCACUCAAAUGGGCUCUCCUCUGAACCCCAUAUCUUCUGUUUCAUAGUGCAGAAGUAUUCUUUUCAAUUAUAUUAUUAGUGGACUUGUUUUAAUUUUAGAGGAACUUUGAGUACAGAUACUGUGAGCUUACCUGGAAAACAAAUAUUACAGCUUAGGUUUUUUUCUACACAAUUGUGACCAAUACAUUUGUAUUUUGUGAUGAAUCUACAUUUGUUUGUAUUGACAUUCAUGUGAUUAAUCCUCAAAAGUGUUGUGAAAGAUGCAGAGUAAGUAUUAUGCUCCAGUUCAGAAGCUCAGCCUUGAUCUUAAACUGGAACAUGCUUCUACUUUAUUGUCCUAACAAUUUUUUGUUAAAUUUUUUUUGAAAGAGUAAUGCAUCACAUGUUGACAAAUUAUUCAGUAAUAGUGUUUAAGAGGGUAUAUACAGUGAAAAGUCUUCCCUCCUUGAUCUUCUCAAAGCUGUACUUUUACCAGUUUCUUUGUCCUACCAACUUAAAAAAAAGUAUAAUUCAUUGUUUUGCAAAAGUGUAUGGUAGGGGCUUAAAAGAAACUAUAAUUUUUUUUUUUUUUUUAUUUGGAGGAAAACUAUGCACUGCUCUAACAAGUAGUGUUCAGGAAAAGCAAAGUGAUAGUUUUCUAGAUGAUGUCAUAAAAUUUACAUUUAAUACAGAUAAAUGUCAGUGUAAUGUGACUUCAUGUUAUAUAUCUUUUGUAAAACAGUUUCUUUUUAAAACAAGUAUUGCAAAUAACUGAUCUCAAGUAUGUCAUUUACUCAAAAUUUGUCAUAAGUGCUACUUUAUAGCUAGUGACAGUACAUGCACGGCCUUGUUCAGCUAUGUUUGCUGCUUUUGGACAAUGUUUUAAGAACUCUAAUUUUGACAUGCAUUACUGUUUUAUUUUGCACUUUUAUGGGUGACAGGUUUUAGCAUAACCUUUGGUAAAACACACUCAAGUGACUUGGACUUUGAUGCUUAUCGUACUUCUUGGUGCCCCUUUUAUAUGAACAAACUGCGGUUUAUAGAUUACAGUUGUAGGAAGUUAUGCUUUUCUAGUUUUUGUUUUAUUUUCAGCCUAGAUUAUAAGACUGUUAUUCUAUAGCUUCAGCUACAGUGCCUUUUUAAUUCUUCAUAGUUGUGUGGAUGUUACUGUUGGAAAGUCAUGUGCUUAACCUCAUUGUUCUUGCUCGCAUCCUCCUCUCUAUGCAGGGACCUGUGCCUUGAAGCCAUGUGGGCUCUUCAUUUGGGCUCCACGGAUGCGGCUGCUGGUCAGAUGCUUCAGUAGGGCUUGUUGAGAUAGCUGAUUUUAAAACAUUUAUGCAUCAAAGAAUGCAGACUUUUCUCAUUUACCAUCCAUGCUCUUUUUCCAUUUUGUUGUACCUGUGUGGAUGCUAGUUUCCCAGAACACAGUCUAUAGAGAGGAAAGAUGUGAAAACUCUGAAAUAUCUAUUUAAUCAGAUCAUUUGGUUUUGGGUAAAGGACUCUUGACCAGUUUUUCUCAUUUUCAAGGGAGCAGCUAAAUGGACACUAAGUUUUGACAUGAGGAUGGAGAAAUUAUUUUGGAAAAAAAAAAAAUAUGAACCUAUGCAGAAGCUUUAUUUUCUGGUGCCUUCCAAAAAUACAUGGAGCCAUGUCAUUCUUCUGUUUAAAAUGUUAGUUUGGUUUGACCUUACCCUUUGCCCUUUCUGCUUUUAUGAGAAAAAAGUACAUUUUAUUGAGAAAAGGAUUAUGCAGUUCCUUCUGGCUUAUGUGUCCUUAUUUAUUGCUUUUUCUAUGUGUAGCCAAUGGAUGGUUUUAAUUCUUUCAGGUGAAGAGCCAUUUGUGUUUCAGCUCACAGUUAGUUCUUUGCUGGGUAAAAGAAAUGUUCUGACAGUCACCUCAGCCUUAACCAUAAGUGUUAACAUGCAUUCUGAGUCUUCCAAAGUUGUAUCAGCCACAUGAAAGAGAAAUCUUUUCUUAGUGAUACAGCUUAGGUAUUUUCAUCAUUCUUUUACUUACCAGACUGAGGGCACAAUCUUUAGAACAAAUUUGUAGGAAAAAAAAUCACUUUGGUUGAAUGACAAGUACACGUAAUCAACAUCAGUGGGCUGUAGUAAGCUGAUGGAAGCUGUUGUCUCAUUGAUAUUUCCAACUAAGAAUUGAUUAAAAAUUGUUUUCAUUUGGGAUCAUAAUGUCAGAGCCUUUGGAGGUAAUAAGAUUUAAUGUGAUUGACCUUUUCCUUGUUGUCUUUAUGUCAUUGUGUCUCAUGGUGACAUUACUAAUAGCCAUUGACAGUUUCAUAGAGAAGUAUAAGCCUGUUGUAUUUCCUAAAAACUGUUAACUCCUCACCCUUUGACUUUAAAUGAAAAUUUUAUACAGUCUAGGUUCUCUUACAAUCCCCAAGGAUGCCCUGUAUCUAUAUAUAGGAACAUUUGCUAGUAAGAUUUUAGAAAACUCUAACAUUUAGGCCAGUGAAAAGAAAGCACCUCUGAACAAAACCACAUUAGAAAAUUAUGAUUCUAAAUUAUUACAGCAUGUACAACAUAUUAAUUUAUGCCAGUUGAAAAGGUAGAAUUGAGAAUAAUAAAAUUGCAGCCAGUUUGGUUAAAUGCAAAAAGCAAGAUAGAAUCAAGUCUCAGUAGUGGAUUAAAGCAGCAGAAAGAUGUUGGUUGGAUAAAUGCAGGAUAUGAGAGGUGCAUUUGCCUGGCAUCUCCACGUGGUAGAGUAUGUGGUCAGCCUGGCUUUGCCUAGCUAACACUAGGGAAUGUUAUAGGCAUGUUAUCAGUCUACCGAAACUUUUUUAAAAGAGAGAAUUCAAGGAAGACAAUCAAAAAUGUCAAAUAUAUGUGUCAGAAUAUAAAUCAUUUUUUGGAUUUUAUUAUUGCUAUAUAAGAAAACUGUGGUAAUAGAAUUGGCUAGAUUUCUGUAGUGAAAUCCAGAGUAAGAUUACCACAUAGACAGUUUAAUAAGCCACAUCUAAUAGUACAGAAAGCAGAUAUAACUAUUUUGUACUUGUCAUCACAUUCUAUAGGAAGAAAUCCUUUUACUACAUAAAAUGAUCAGUAAGUAUUCAGAUCUGAAAUCUGUUGUCAAGAACUGGGACUCAUGUUAUAAAACUUUCCAUAUUUCCUAAGGGUACCUGUGGUAAAUAGUCCUUUUGUAGUAAUGUUCUGUAGGAAGAGAAAGUUUGUAUAAAAAAUGAAAUCCUACAACAAUCCUAUCAAAAAAGUUUGACAGUACCUAUUAAAGUGCUGUACUUCUAAUAUAGGGAGCAUCGAAUAUACCCAUAUAGGUCCAUUUCUUGAUACUUUUUCUAAUCAUUUGCUUAUUAGCACUUUGGAUUAUUAUUACCUUUACCAUUUAAAAUAUGUUAAUACACUUUUUACUUUCAAAGAAAGGAAGAAUCUUUUCGUAGUUAUGGAGUUUAACCUCCAGUGAUGGCCUUUGGGUCUAUUAACUUUUAAGAGGUUAAAGCCCUUAUUUGUCUUACUAGUUAAAUCCUCAAUCUCUUGGGUAUGAAUAUACGUGUGUCAUUAUUAUACCCAUCAGCUAGAUAAGCAGGUAUCUUUUGAGGUAGUAAAAAGUCUGGUGGUUUUACAAGUGUUCUGUGGUUUUUAUGGGAGAGAGUUUUCCUAAGUGGAGGUUUAUAUAUGGUUUUGUAUAUUAUUAGGGCAGCUUUGGGGGGGUUAAUCUCAGGUUUAAUGCCUGUUUCUUCCACAGCAGUAGCAUUUCCUCACUGUUACAGGUGAGAUUCUUGGGAGUUUUUCUUAUCACAAAAGAUGUAUAUAUCAAAAGUGAGAAUUCAAGGCAUUUCUUCUGUAUAAACAGAGUAAUAUCUGCUGGACAGAAGUUUGGACAGUUCUUUGGAAUUAACACGUUACAGUUUAAUAUGUCGUGAUUAUAGGAGGUAGCAGUAUUUAUAAAGCCUUUGUUAUAUUGGAUUAUUCGUAAUGGAAUCUUACCUCCCAAAAAACAAUUGUAUUAUAAGUGACACCCUGAAAUUGGAUGGUUUGCCAAAGCCAUGGAAAGGGAUCUCACACAUUGAUUUUUGUUUUUGUAUUUUAAGUAUUAAUAAGAAAGCACGCUGUGAUAUUUGCUAGUAGCAGUUUCUGUAAAACAAAUGAUGAGUUAUUUCCUUGAAAACAUCUAGUCCUAGAGCAGGUUUCUUUGAUCAUUUAUGGCAGAUUAAAAAAGGUUGUGUGGUUCUUGUCCAAAUAACUCAGUUCUUAGAAUUCUUAAAAUCAUCAACCUUUAUUCUUUAAGGAUUUAUUUGAAGAUGUGGUUUUUUACAAAGUUCAGAAUUUUGUGUACAGGUAGAUUUUUCACCCAUUAAUAAUUAGUGUCUUAAUACAUACAAGCUUGUGUUAGCUAUAACAAACUCCAAUGAGGCCAAAGAAUUUCAAGUUCUUUGUUAAAAAACAAAAACAAAAAGACAUCUUUUAGGGUCAUAUUUUCCUUUCUAGUACCAGUGGAGAUGCUGCUGCUUUGAUUUAUUCAUAAAGCAUUUUAGCUGUAGGGAUGUUUGAAGACAGUGGUUGGGCAAGUGAUUUUCUUUUUAACAUGGCUGGUUAGACUUGCAUUUUGAAACUCCCCUAUUUUGAAAUUGGAGAGGAUUGUUAUCCUGAAGACUGAAUGUUUGUGUUUACCCACAUUCACUUAAAAAGAUCUUUUAUAUGCAGAUGAUAAAGACCAAGCCAAUGCUGCACUUAGGUCUGCUUAUUUGUACUUUUUCUGCUUCUGUUUAUGUUGUAGACAGUGAAAUUCUGGCAACAUUCUUCAGUUCUGUUAUCUUUUUGAUACUUAGAAAAAUGUAUUAGGUUUUACUUUUCAAAGCCAUAACUCUUAAGAACUUUUUGCAUAUUGUUUGCUAAUACUUUAUUUUAAUAAACCUUAAAACCUU